AUCUAUGUUGUCAUUUCAAUGAACGUUUGUCACUAAACUGUUAAGACAUUAAACACUUAUUAUGUAUGUUUUAAUUAAACAUGACGCGGCGUUUGUUUAUUUUGCCAGUGCAAAGCCUCUGAAAUUUGGUGACGUUUGAAUUUCCCUGCAGAAAUGGAAGCUUCGUGGCGCCAUAUUUGAUAUUAUAAACUUACAUCCUGAAAUAUUUUUUGGUAAUUUGGCGAAAAAGAAGUCUUUCAUUUUGACAUUAAGUUAAAAGCUUCCAAAGAUGAUAGACAUGUAAAAGUUUUGGCAGUUGACUCAGUUACUGGAGCUGUUUUGACAAGUGUUCACCAUUCUGAUUGCUCAUCUGCAGCAGAUUCCAUUGAUGGAAAUUUACCAUUAGAUACAGACACAUUUGAACAGAAGCAAAAUAAUUCAUUACAGAUGAAUAUAGGUGAUGAUGUGAUUGAUGAAAUAUCUCCAGUCAUAUCUUCCACAAAUGAUACAGUUACCGGUGACAGUGUAGUGCAGCUUAACCCUCAUCAAUUUCAAGAAAUAGUAGCAAGCUCAACUUUGAAUUUAGCUAGUCCACAAGUGAUAGUAGUGGAUGCUAAUAAUAGAAAUUCAUUACUUGGAAAAAGACCUAUAUCUGGCAAUGGUAAUCAGCCAUCUGUAACAAACAAAAUUAUAAUAACCAAACUUCCAAAUUCUAGUCAAGUGCAAACAGUGAUAGCUUCACAGAGUGCUAAUAUUUUACAAGGAACGAGUGUAGUUUCAACCAAUCCUCAUACACCAACCAAAACAAUUACUCUUUCUCAGCAUGGAAUUGUAUCACCGCUGAAAGGUGUGAGUAUGGCUCAGGUUGCAGGAGCACCAAAAGUUCCCAUCAGCAAGCUUCCUCUAUCACCAGCAAAAACUCCAACCAAGAUAACGAUGAUUCCACGCUCUCCUCAGCGCAUAGCUCCAGCCAACAUUGCCCAGACACUUCUGAACAAUAACAGCGUUGGCUCAUCAUCUUCAACCAUAACACUCUCUCCAUCAAAAAUUAUAAAACAACCAGGAACGGUAACUGUGAUACAAAAGCCAGUUCAACCCAGCAUAAGUGGGGCGACAGUGGUGACGAUACCGAGACCAGCAUCAGCUCAGGCAGGAGUUCGGCAACCAGUGGCAGCAGGAAAUAAGUUCCACUACAUUCGCCUUGCUAAUCCUGCGAGCUCAGCACCAGUGGCACGAGGACAGCUGAUUGCAGUAACAGCUGGAACUAGCGGACAACCGGGAGCUCAGCCAAUGAAGAUCACCUUGCCUGCACACUCAGUGCCUCAACUGGUGACAUCUCGACCAGGAGGUACAGCAUUACAGCGGAUCAUUCUGCCUGCAGCACCGAAUCAGGUCUCCAUUAGGCCUGCACCAGGCAACACUCUUCCAGGUGCCCAGCUCAUCCGAACCACGUUGGCACCAACAGGUACUGGUUUACAGCAGAUAUCUACGGGUGGAGCUACUACAUUUUUGUCUACCGGAAGCACGGGGCCCCAGGGUGUGCAGGGUUUCGCUCUUGUCCCAGCAUCCUACCUCUCACAGUUACAAGGGCAGCUACAGCUGAAGCCAGCCACUGUGGCCACACCCCCUGCCUCUCAGACACUGGCAAAUCAGGCAUCCUCACGGCUCGAGAAGUCCUCCUCAGCAAGCUACCAACCAAUAGCUCCCUCUGGGCAGACUAAGACACAAGUGCCGUCAGCGGAUGCAAGUGGUGGUGCCAGACAGAGGAAGCCAUGUAAUUGUACCAAAUCUCAGUGCUUAAAACUGUAUUGUGAUUGUUUUGCUAAUGGAGAGUUUUGUCACAACUGUAACUGUAACAACUGUGCCAACAAUCUUGACCAUGAGGAGGACCGGUCACGAGCCAUCAAACAGUGCCUUGAGAGAAACCCCCUCGCCUUCCACCCUAAAAUAGGCAAGGGUAGAGCUGGUGAGAAGGACCGUCGACAUAACAAAGGUUGUAACUGCAAACGCUCCGGAUGUCUAAAGAACUACUGUGAAUGUUAUGAGGCAAAGAUCAUGUGUAACUCCUCGUGUAAAUGUGUUGGGUGUAAGAACUUUGAAGAAAGCCCCGAGCGGAAGACGUUGAUGCACCUGGCGGAUGCGGCAGAGGUGCGUGUGCAGCAGCAGACUGCAGCCAAGUCAAAACUGUCGUCCCAGAUCUCUGACCUCCCCACACGACCACCACCCUCCGGCUCAGGAGAGAGAUUGCCAUUCUCGUUUGUGACGUCUGAGGUGGUGGAGGCGACCUGCGCAUGCCUCCUGGCCCAGGCAGAGGAAGGCGAGCGCCAGAAGAUGCCCCAUGUUGUCCAGGAACGCAUGGUCAUUGAGGAGUUUGGAAGAUGCCUCCUGCAGAUCAUAGAGUCAGCAAACCGGACCAAAGCACCAGACCCAGAUGACACUGGUUGACAGUCUUAUCACAGUCCGAUGUUCAUCACCAUAGGCAGCUUUCUGUGAACUGUUGAGCUUUCCCCUCUUCCUCGUCUGUCACCGCACAGCAAUCCCUCAUCUGUGUGUAUGAAAGGGGCCAGCUGCUAGCUUCGUUCAGGGAACACAACGUACAUAGGCCGAGUUGCAACAAACUGCGCAACAAGAGCCCAUGUGUAGCUCUAGUUGUGAGGGCCGGGCUGGUUUUCCCUUGCCUCAACCCAUCUUUAUACACCGGGGACACAACACUUUUCAUUGUGUUUAAUAAUUGAACAUGCUCAUUAUUGAAGACAUAUAUGUAACUUAUUUAAAUUUUUGUAUACACAAUUAUAUUAUCUGGAAAUCCAUUAAGAGUUUUAUCAUCAUUAUAUUCUAGCAGUUGACUUGAAAGGAAAAAUAUAACUGUAGAAAUAGUGUACUAUCACAAUUAUGAUUUAUGUUAAAAGUGCUAUUUCAUUUACAAUAUUGUUCCUAUUUCAUUUUUAUGCCCCCUUUUGAAAAAAGUGGGGUAUAUUGUUUUGCACAUGUCGGUCGGUCGGUCGGUCGGUCUGUCGGUCGGUCGGUAGGAAUACCAAAUGGUUUCCGAUCAAUAACUUGAGAACGCUUUGACCGAGGGACCUCAUACUUGGUAUGUGUAUUGGUCAUCACCAGCAGAUGAACCCUAUUGAUUUUGAGGUCAGUGGGUCAAAGGUCAAGGUCAGUGUGACCUUUACAUGAAAAACGGUUUCCGAUCAAUAACUUGAGAACGCUUUGACCCAGGAACCUCAUACUUGGUAUGUGUAUUGGUCAUCACCAGCAGAUGAACCCUAUUGAUUUUGAGGUCAGUGGGUCAAAGGUCAAGGUCAGUGUGACCUUUACAUGAAAAACGGUUUCCGAUCAAUAACUUGAGAACGCUUUGACCCAGGAACCUCAUACUUGGUAGGUGUAUUGGUCAUGACCAGCAGAUGAACCCUAUUGAUUUUGAGGUCAGUGGGUCAAAGGUCAAGGUCAGUGUGACCUUAACAUGAAAAACGGUUUCCGAUCAAUAACUUGAGAACACUUUGACCCAGGGACCUCAUACUAGGUAGGCUUAUUGGUCAUGACCAGCAGAUGAACCCUAUUGAUUUUGAGGUCAGUGGGUCAAAGGUCAAGGUCAGUGUGACUGUAAGCUGAAAAAAGGUUUUCUGAUUGUCCAUAUUUUAUUUUCUUAUAUAGUAGACAGUAGAAAUUUAUAUGUCACUAAAUGCAUGAGUUGAAGUAUCAGUUUUCAGUGAACAUCUAGUUUAAUUAUGCCCCCCUUCGAAGCAGAGGGGUUAUAUAAUUGCUUUGCACAUGUCGGUCGGUCUGUUGGAAGACCAAAGCUUGUCCGAGUGAUAACUCAACAAUUCCCGGACCUAUGGUCAUCAAACUUGACAUGAAGAUUAGGUAUGACCAGUAGAUGACCUGCCUCAUAUGCAUCCAAUGACAAAUCAGCUGUCAUUUCAGUCCAUGCAUAUUUCAUUCAAUUGUCCAAAUAUUUCUGGCAACUUGGCGCUCAGGGGGCAUAAUGUUUGACAAACAUCUCUUGUUUUUUUUAAUUUUUGUGAAGACAUAGUCUUUAAAUCCUGUGCAAUGUAUGGCUAAAAUAGUUCUGCUACAUUUUUCAGCUUACACAUUUUGGUUGUGUGGCACAAAGAUGACUUUUAUGGCAAAUAGGGAAAUGUGUGUAUUUACGGUUUAUGGUGCACCUCAGUUGCAAAGAUAUAUUGAAAUAUUUAAAUUUAUUUUUAGAACAAAAAAGAAGAAUACUAUAUCUUGCUUAUAUAUCAACGAUAUGGAUCAGAUUAUAGUCUACUGUGAUCUUUCUAAGAGUAUAGAGCUUGAGUUUAACAAGUCCUGAUUUCAGUAGCCACGGCAAAUAUCAAAGUACCUCUCUGCAUUCUUGAGUUUUUCGAAAUAAAUUUUAUUCACUAAAAGGCCUCCAGCCCAUAAUACAUGUUACAAUGCAAAUCAAAUAUAACAAAAUACAUAUAUGUAACUAAAUAAGACAUGUUUUAGUAUUAAAAAGCUGUUUUAUUAAGUGAAAUUCAAUUCAAGGCCUUUGUUUGACUAUUUGCAAAUAUUAUACCUUACAUAAAUGUGUCCUUUCUGUGUAUAUAUAAAAUCGAUCGAUCCGUAUAUCACUGUAUUUUGAUUAAAAUCCAGUUUUAUGACGUCAGCGGUCCAUAUCAUAUUUUUGGCCGGUCCGGACCUCGCCAAAAUGUAAUAUGGACCGCUGAGGUCAUACAACUGGAACGCGUGACCUGCUUUUGUCACAACGGCAAAAAUUGUCGCAACAUAAGCUAUGUACAAUAAAUCACAUCCAAAGUGCUUUAAAAUUAACAAAUGGUUAUAUAAAAUGUUCGGUAUAAUAUAAGAAAUAUUUACACACCACUUCGGGCCAUAUGGCAUUAUAAGUACCGGCCAGUCAGCCCCGAAGGUGAAUGGACCUCGGCUUACGCCUCGGUCCAUAUACACCUUCGUUGGCUGACUGACCGGUCCUUAUAAUGUCAUAUGACCCUCAGUUGUGUGUAAUAUUUCUUAAUUAGGUUAUGUACACUCUUUCAUUAACAAAACAGCAUAAACAGGCAAUUUGAUAUUUUUUCCUACUCAGUGCUAUUCUUCCAAUACGGCUUCUGAAAUGUCAAGCUGGCCGUCUUUGGACAGCUUAAAUUUUAUGUAUGCAAAGGUUUUGAGUGACCUUGUGAAUAAACUUAACGGUACCCCUGAUACCUACCUUUACUUUCAUCUAUAAAUUUUUAAUCAGAGCAUUCUCAUAUGUACUAAAUUGUAUUUAAAUAGUACUCUAUUUUAAAGUUUAUGACUUAAUAAUUAUCCAUAACAUACAUUCAGUUGUGGAAUAAUUUGUAAGCUCAUGUAUUAAGUUGUUAAUUUGAUACUUCAUGGGGACAGUCGAUUGUUUUGGAGAACUUGGAUAUAAGGUGUAUUGUUAUAUGCACCUAGAUAAUAAUAAAACCAUAUUGCUCAGUAGUUAAUACAUAACAUUUUACGAAUAAAUGUACAUGUAUAUCAUUGUUCUUAUGCAUUCUGUACUUUUCAAUGUAGAAGCUGGCUUUACAGGUUAAUGAUUGUUGUAGGUGAUUGUUAUGACUGUGUUUGAUGUGCAAUAUGGUUCGUGUUGACUGCUGUUAUGGGGUUAUUUCUAUCAACAGACUGUCUGAAACUGGAACUCCUUGUUAUGAAAUGAGUUCAAAGCAUACUUUAUUUCAAAGUGAUAUUUAGGAAUAAAACUAAUCAUUACAAUGUGAAUUAUUAUUUACUGUUUGACACAAUUAUAUACUUGUUUUUUAAUUGACACUGUCGUCUAGUAGAAUCUUUACACCCAAUAGAGCUAAUGGUUGAUAUGCACAAAGUGUGUAAAGAAAGUGAAAACUAAAUGACUUCAGUUUUAUAACAAUUAAAGUUAAGAGAAUGCAGACUCUUCCAUACACUCUUUGUUUAGGUCUCAUUGCUUGCCAGGGGUAUUUUUUAUAUAAACACUUAAUUGGUCAUUUACCGGUACCACUUCAACUAAUCUGUAAUUUGAAACUUUUUACUCGCAUGAAAUUAAACUUACUAGAUCAAGACAAUACUCACCUUUCUACUAAUGCCCUUAUCUCUGACUUUACUGUUUAGUUUUUCUUUGUAAUUUUUUGGUCAUGCUUUUUGUUUUAAAGUGGAAAAAUGACAGGUG